AUGCAUAGCACAAUAAGAGGGUGUUGUACAUGCAAUGUAGUAAAAGGUUUUUGGACCUCUGAAGGUCAUGAUUUGUCAUUGGCUUCCCGCUACUAUCAUUUUACAAAUAAUCAAUUCAUAGAAAUUUCUGUGGUACUAACUAUUACAAAACAUAAAGAACUUGCCACAAAAUAUGAAUUAUAUUUACAACUACCAAUACUUGAUAAACUAAAAAGAGAGAGACAUCUUCAGUGUCCACAUGAUAUCUGCCAUCUUACAGCUAGAAAAGCAUUAAGAUUUAUCAAGAUAACAAUUGUCAUACUUUCAAAUGAAGAAAAAUUGGAAUUUAUUAAAUUUUAG